AUGCCUAAGUGUUUCUCUUGUAAUAAAACCUUUAAAGAUCGGCAAGCAUUGGGUAAUCAUAUUAAAAAACAUCUAGAUGACAGUGAUGACGAUUUACCUUUUCCAAACCAAACAAUUUCUCAAAUUUCACCCAAAAAAACAACCAAAGUUAAUGAUAAAAGCAUAUCCAGAAGACAAAAUGUAAUUGAAGAAACUAAAAUAAAUGAUAUUUCGGAGAAGGAUAACUUGAAUAUUGAUGAGUUUAAUAAAAGACUAAAUCUUGAUAUUUCACUUGUCAAUCAUACAAAUUCCUCUCAAAGUCAUGAUGAAUCUAUUGAAGAACAGAAUGCUAAAUUUUUUAAUACAAGUGAUUUCUACAGUAGCAACACAUUUGAUAAUAAAUUCAGAGUAUCUGAUUCAAGUACUUCUCAUAGCAGCAACAUAUCUGAUAAUGAAUCCACAGUAUCUGAUUUAUCAGACAUAACAAAUAUCGAUAUUAAUGAAUAUGCUGAAUAUAAUAAUUUAAUUUCUGGAAAACCAAAAGGUCCUGAAGAUAUAUAUCAAGAAUUUCUGUCAGAAGAACAUGCAGAAUUUAUGAACAUAAUAACACAUUUUCAUGUACAAGAUUUACUUGCAAAUGCAUUUAUAAGGUUCUUUAACAAAUAUUCAAAUCAUAAUGAUUAUCUUUUACUAUUGACGUCGCAAACUGGACAGGUGUUCAUUGAAAAUCUUAACCUUCCAAAUUUUGGUUAG